AUGUUGCCCCUUGUGCUAAUACUCUUGUCGUUGGGAGUCAUAGUCUACUACAUAGUGACGCUUCCCAAGAAAACGACCAAAAAAGCCGAAACGUGGGUUCCACCUCCGAUAAAACCAGUUGAUGCAAACUUCAAAUUGAGUGAGGCCAAGCCAAUUGAGUGGCUUCCCUUUGUGGGGAAAACAAACUUCAAGCCUUCGAUGGGCGUGAAGAAUAUUUCUGCCAAGAGAGAAGAGCUUAUAUUGGUGGAAAGUACUCAUCUCGAAGGAACCAAGUUCCGGAAGGAAAAGAUCGAGUCUCACGGCAAAUACACCGUCUUUAGCAACAAGAGCGCAAGAACAACGGCUGCUGUCUACGAGUUUUACCAAACGGUUUUAGAUUUCCUCCACGACAGGUAUCCCAUGCUUUUUGACAUUGACAAAGAGAAGAAUAUUUUUGUCAACAAGAUCAGCAACGAGGUGCUCUCAUACAACCCAGAGGGCAUCGACCCAGAGGAAGUAAUGAGAAUGCUAGGUGGAACCAUUGAAGAAGAUGUGAUUUUAAUGCUUAAAGACAACCCCACCAACAAAGAUGAAGAGUAUGUUGUCCGGGCAUCGAUAACCGGAACGCCAGCCGGGUUUGAUCCAUCACAUAAUUUCGACAAGCCCGUUUCUUUCAUCCACAAGCCAGUGCCGCAGUACAAAGAUAAGUUGAGGUCGCCCAUGGAGCGGUUUUUCAACAAGUUGGAGCCUAAAGAUUUGUGGGUUCGUGGGAACUGGCUGAUCCAGACCAAUAACAUUUUAUUCAAGUUGGAGGAUCACCACGGUAGAGAGGGAGACGUUUUGAGACCAUUGAGGAUGGACGAGAUCGACUUUGAAAACUCAUGUUUUGUCAGAUCCGAAAGACAAGUCCUCACCCGUCUUCCUAAAUCCAGAGCAGUUAUUAUGUUAGUGAGAACGUACUUGACCCCAGUGAAGGACGUUAAGGCAAGAGGGUUGGGCGAGACUUUAGCACAUGCCAUCGAAUCGUUACCUGACGAUCUUGCGUUUUACAAAAGAAGAGAAGUUUGGGGAGAUGCAGUGAAGGAAUACUUGAGACAGCCAUAG